AGGCUACGUGUUCGAUUCAGGGGCUAGAUUUCUUAAAGUCACAUUUUACGCAUCCUUUCAGUGGAGAUCCAUGAUUUAUCACUGAUGGUACAUUUCUGCAGCAUGUUUAAUCUACAGCACACACCGAUUAGCCACGGAGCACAAAGAAGCACUUUUUCGUUUUAUAACAAGUCACGCAGACUUUACUGUCCUGACUCUUGCGCACCACGUGCUGACUGCUGAUUUCAGAAGCAUUAUAAACGCAAUCUUAUAAACGUACAGGAUAUAGAGGCGGUUUUGCUACUUACCCUAGUGUUUUGAUGAGAUUCUACAUUCGCUGCUUGUGAUUUCUUUCUCUCACACUCCAUAGCCUGUUACAUGCGGGGUUUAGCUGCAUGUGUUUCCUGGGUGGGUCCGGUGCUUUUCCCCUAUACUCACCCUGUCUGCAUACCAGACACAGCAGGGUGCUGGCUGGAUUUAGAAAUUCUCACUAUUUGUUGUUGUUUUUGCAUAAAUCUUAAAUAUAUUAUAUUAUUUCAAAUUCAGUUUUGGAGCAAACUAAUAGUAAUGAGGUUAAUAUCACUGCAUUUGUGCACAUGCGCCUAUUGUAAUGCACAGCGUUUAAACUGGCGCCUCUGCUAUACAAAGAACCACUGAUGACUCUUGCGCAACUAUACAAACCUAAGGUGUAUCAGGGUGUGCGGGUGAAGACCACCGUCAAGGAGUUGCUUCAGAAGCGCAGGGCUCUUCAGGCAGCUGAGUCGAGAAAAACACAAGCUACAAUUCACGAGAUCUGCUCUACACCAGUGACUGCUGGCCAUGUCGAUAUUGUCUGCGGGAACUCGGCUCAGGAUGCUUAUUUCCAACCUCGACAGUUUGCAGAAAGCGUACAUAUGACCAUGGAGGACAUGUUUGAUGAUCAGCUGCUGAUGAACAUGAUCCCUACAGAGAACUUCGGUCCCAGCGCUACGGUGUGUGCUCCUGCUCCUGCGCAGUGGCCGCACGGAUACUACCCUUCAUGCACGGACUAUUACACAAACAGCUUAGAUUCCAGUUCACCAACACACUCAUUUGGUCUUCCCAGUCCAACUGAUUAUAACAGCUACACUCCACCCGAAUCUCACUCCUCGUCCUCGUCAUGCUACAGCUCCCCAACACACAUGGACAUGAGCUCCAGCUUUACUUCAGAAAACUACCACUACCAGCAUUGCACCCUGCAGCAUUGCUUUUGCCUGUCGCACUGGCCCAGUCUGCAGGAUGGUGCCAUGCAUGUUGCAGACUACACAACUCCUCACUACAGUGCCUCAGACUGUUUUUACCAAGCUCUGGGAGAAGAAGCUUACUGUAGAAAAGAUUCCUCCAGCUCAGAGCUGUGUUACCUAUAAUAACAUUUUGUCUAAGCGUUAUUUGUACAGCUCCAGAAAGCAUUUCAAUAUUUUAUUUUUGCUUUGAUCAAAAAUCAACUAAAAAAAACCAGAUAAAAUUGGUCAUGUAUGGUUUCGUAUAGUCAUUACAUACAGGCUCUAUUGCAAAGGCUAUAACGUUAUUACUUUCAUGGAACCUUUGUUGAAACCCUGGUCAGUAUCAAUGAUGAACAAAUUGUUCAUUUAUUAUUAUUAUUAUUAUUAUUAUUAUUAUUAUUAUUAUAUUUUUUACAAUAAAUUACUAUUUUUCAUAA